CCUCCUCCGGAGCUGAGAGCUGCCCAUCACGCUUUGCAACAGCAGCAGCUGCAGCAGCAGCAGCAGCAGCAGCGAGCCCUAGCAGGGAGGCACACCCACCUGGCCCGGCCGACCCCUGCGCUGCAGCAUGUCCGCGCUCGAGUGGUAUGCCCACAAAUCUCUGGGCGAUGGCAUCUUCUGGAUUCAAGAAAGGUUUUACGAGUCUGGCAACCGGGCCAACAUCUGGCUGGUGCGCGGCUCGGAGCAGGACGUGGUAAUCGACACUGGCCUGGGGCUGCGCAGCCUCCCGGAGUACCUCUACUCCUCGGGCCUCUUGCAGGAUUUCGGGUCUAAAGAUGAUGCAGGACGCCGACCGCUGCUGGCCGUGGCCACCCACGUGCAUUUCGAUCACUCGGGCGGUCUCUAUCAGUUCGACCAGGUGGCUGUACACCGCGCCGAGGCCGAGGCCCUGGCUCGCGGGGACAACUUUGAGACCGUGACCUGGCUCUCUGACAGCGAAGUGGUGCGGGCGCCCAGCCCUGGCUGGAGGGCCAGGCAGUUCCGAGUGCAGGCAGUGCAACCCACCCUCAUUCUGCAGGAUGGGGAUGUGAUCAACCUUGGCGACAGACAGCUCACGGUUAUGCACAUGCCAGGUCACUCCAGAGGCAGUAUUUGCUUACAUGAUAAAGACCGCAAGGUCCUCUUCAGCGGUGACGUCGUGUAUGAUGGAUCACUGAUUGACUGGCUCCCAUACAGCAGGAUCAAUGACUACGUUGGGACUUGUGAACGCCUCAUAGAGUUGGUGGACAGAGGCCUUGUGGAGAAGGUGCUGCCUGGGCACUUCAAUACGUUUGGUGCUGAAAGGCUGUUUCGUUUAGCUUCUAACUAUAUUUCAAAAGCUGGGAUAUGCCACAAAGUGUCUACUUUUGCCAUGAGAUCUCUUGCAAGUUUAGCUCUCCGUGUAACAAAUCCUAGGACCUCACCCUAGUACCUACACUGGUCAUUUGUUGGUAUUAACUGUGUAAAUUAACCCAAUUCCCCCAUGUUUUUGGAAACAGUUAUUAGUAAGUGUUUCAAAAAGUGCUUUAAGAUCACCAUUGUAUGUUAGAGAAAAAGAAGAUUUAGGAGGAAGCCAAAAGAAAAGAAAGAAAGGGGGAAAAGCAGAAUCUUAGCUUAGUAUCUUUUUCUUUUGUCCAAGGAAGAAGCCACUUAAGUAAGCUUGUAAUUGGCCAACGCUGUCAUUUCAGUGUGUGCCGUGGCAGUGCGGGCUGCUCUAGGCAUCAAGGAAGCACUCACAGCAGAGAGCCACCCCCAUCCCACAGUUGACUUCCCCAGACUCCAGGGGAGGGAGGGCCCUGUGGGGUUCUGUGCUUACACUUGAUUUUAUUUAAAAUCUCCCUAUUUUAUUUAAAGAUAAAGUUUCUUGGGUUCAAAAUAAAGUUGAACUCAACGUAAACUAGCAUUUAGAAUGACAGCUAAAAAAGCCCAUAUUUGUGAUCCUGGAUUUUAUGCCUCCUUUUUUAUUUACUUUUUGAUUGUUUGUAUAAGGCAUAUAACAUGCUAUAUAAUUUAACGUGUGAACAGAACAAUGGAUUUUUUUGUCUUACUGCAAAGCUUUAAAUGUAAAUUGGAGAGCACUUCGGUAAAAAGCUACUGUUUGUUGUUUGUUAUUGUGUAAGUAAUAUUUUCAGUCAUGAAAGUGAAUUCAAAUGUAUGUUAUCUAACUAUAAAUUGUCAUAUUUCUUAAAAGGACACUGUCAGGCAAAUUUGAAAAUAAACACAUUGAGAAUAAUUUUUUAUUAUAUCCUAUUUUAGUAUUAAUAGAUACUAUAAGCAAAAUUUUUUCUGGUUAAAUAGCAAUUUCAGUAUUGUGUCAUGUUUUACAGUAUCAAAACAACUCCUGAUAUCUCUGACAUCUUGAUGUCAACAAUUCUUUUAAUUAAUAUAACAUGUAUAUGUACCACAGAAGAAUAUUUAAAUUUAUUGCAAUAUAUGUAUUAUCUAUUAACUAGAGCAAAUGGCCUUCUUAUCCUGAUUCACAACACCUGUUCCUGUUCAGUAUUCUUUGUCUUAAACAAAAACAAGUCUAUGUUCAUAUGUUAUAGAAAAGUAUUAAGCCACUGUUCAGUGAUACUAGGUAAAAUGUUUAGGUUUGGUGCUUUUAAUAAUAAUAAUUUAUCAAAAAGCCUUUUUGGAAUAUUUGGAAUAUUUCAUAAAAGUUUUUAAAACAGUUUCCCACUACUUUUUAAAUUAUUGAUGUUUUAUUAUUGACAUUGUAGACCAAACAGAUCUACUUUUGGAAAUCAGAUCACUACCAGCAGUUCUUGUUUCUGUCAAAUUAUGUAACUUUUUUCUCAGCAAACACCUAGGUUCUUUAAGUUUUUAUUCAUUCAGUAGGCAUACAUGCAGGCAUGCAUGUGUGUGCGCGCACAUAGACACAGGCAGGCCACAUUUACAUAUGUACACAGUACCGUGCUUUACAAUGCAGGAUGUUUGGAAGUGAAAGAACUCAUUAUAGCUAGAAGUUAAGGCCACAAAGCCCCCAAAAUAACGUAUGCAAGUUGACAUAAAUAAACGUACUGCUUUCAUGUAAAGGAUACAAGGAAGGGUGUAAAGUUGUGUAAGGUCAGAUUGCCUGGGAGAGGGGAUUUCUCAGUCAGAUCUGGAGGGAGGCUGGAGAGAUAGAUGUAAGCCUACGUUUUUGGGAAUUGCUAGAUGGACUAGCCUGUACCUUGUGACCAUAUAAAUUUAACUUCCUGGAAUCCCAUUUCUUCCAAGCAUCAUAUGCUCAGCAUGAAAAAGACAGGUUUGUGAUUGUGUAUGUAGCUCAUUCUUAAAGUCAGAGGAACUGAGCAGUCACAAGCCACCACAUAAACGUUUGCUUUCACUCAGAAAGGAGGUCACGGCUGGCUCUGGAUGAGGUGGUCCUUGAAGACUGUGGGUCUGUUUGAACUGGUGUCACAGAACCGAGAAUAGAGAUUGGUUCAGGGCAACUACAAUCACUUAAGAAGCCUUAAAUAUAGCCAUUAUUUUUAUAUCAGUAGCACAAAAUAAAGCCAAAAGUCCUUAAUCAUUGACUACUUUAUCAUAUUUAAGUAUUUAUUUUAAAAUCAGGAUAGAGUAGGCAUUAAGCUUUAUUAGGAAAAUUUAUUCCUGAUGAGAUGUUUCUUUAUUAAAAGUGCAAUUUUUCAGUAUAAAUUUAUUUUUGUCAAUUUCACCAAUUGUUUUUUUUUAAUUGCAAUGUAAGACUGAGAUAUUUCACUAUUGCUACCCUAUGAAAAAACAGAAGUAAGUUCAUAUUCAUUUAGUAUUCAUGAUACAUUUUAAUUUUGUAUCCUAGAGGUAGUUGACCAGCAUUAUACAGCACGGACUAGGAACAGUGCUAGCAACUGAACACAGGUCGUCUGCUUCCAAACCACGCCCUCUCUUAAACCUGCACAAUACGCAGAAUUGCCCACAUAUAUUUUUACUUUCUAACAUGCCAUAUAUGGUAAAAAAUAAAUCAAAUAAUAUCAAAUCCUAAUAGCAUUUUUAGAAAAUAAAGGAAUAUGUAUUUUCACCCUGACAGUGACCCUUGUACAUUUAUGAUUUUUUAGAAAUAGAAUAUUGUAAGUGUAACUCAAGGUUGGUCAAAUGUUCAGACAUGUUGAAAUGUUUUCUUAUUUCUUAUUGCUGAUGAUGAGCUCGUGAACUUUCACUUUAUUUAUUUAAUUAAUGUCUCCUUUUAACUGAGAAGCUUGAAGCAAACAGAAACCUUAUGUGUUAUACUGAUAUAACUGAAUAUCUGGUUAUGUGUAUUUGUUCUAAUAUGGGUAAUAAUGUGAAUGUGACAUGCACAAAUUGUCGUAUAAUUUCCAAAUACGUGUAUGUAAACAUUGGUGUGGUAACUAUUAAAGUGGCCAUGUAUUUCAGUGUUCAA